AUAAAGGGGAGUGCAGCAUCCUCUUCUUCUUCUCCUUGCAGUCCAUUCCAAACUCUAAAUUGUUGUUUUAAUUAGCACCUGCUGCAUUCCAUCUACAACUUCAAUGGCAAACUCCUCAUCAGAGGUUAUUACAUGCAAAGCUGCAAUAUGCUGGGGAGUAGGAAAGCCUGUGACAGUGGAAGAAAUACAAGUAGAUCCACCAAAAGCAACUGAAGUCCGAGUUAAGAUGCUUUGUGCCAGUGUUUGCCACACAGAUAUCACAAGCACUCAAGGAUUCCCAGGUGUUUAUCCUGUAGUACUUGGACAUGAAGGAGUUGGGGUUGUGGAGAGUGUUGGUGAUCAAGUGAAAAGUCUGAAAGAAGGGGAUGUUGUGAUUCCAACAUACAUAGGAGAGUGUCAAGAAUGUGAGAAUUGUGUCUCAGGAAAAACCAAUCUGUGUCUCACAUAUCCUAUAAGAUUGACUGGUCUGAUGCCAGAUAACACUUCAAGGAUGUCCAUCAGAGGCCAGAGGCUACACCAUGUUUUGAGCUGUGCUACAUGGUCUGAGUACAUGGUUGCUGAUGUCAACUAUGUACUCAAAGUUGAUCCAAGCAUUGAUCCAGCACAUGCUAGUUUCAUCUCAUGUGGGUUUUCAACUGGUUUUGGAGCUGCUUGGAAGCAAGCCAAGGUUGAAAGUGGAUCAAGUGUAGCUGUUAUUGGUCUUGGAGCUGUUGGAUUAGGGGCUAUAAGUGGUGCCAAGAUGUUGGGAGCAACUAAGAUUAUUGGGAUUGACAAAAAUGAGAUGAAAAGAGAAAAAGGAGAAGCUUUUGGGAUGACCCACUUUAUAAAUCCUGGUGAUUCCACUAAAUCUGUUUCAGAAUUGGUGAAGGAGCUGAGUGGUGGGAGGGGUGUGGAUUAUUCCUUUGAGUGCACUGGAGUUCCCCCUUUACUUACUGAAUCAUUGGAAGCCACAAAAGUGGGAACUGGUGAAACAAUAGCAAUUGGUGUAGGAACUGAACCUAUUGUGCCCUUUGGUAUUGGUUCCAUUUUGUAUGGAAGAACUCUGAGAGGUUCUGUUUUUGGAGGGCUAAAAACCAUAUCAGACCUUUCCAUCAUAGCUAACAAAUGUCAAAAAGAGGAGUUCCCUCUUCAAGAACUAUUCACCCAUGAGGUCACACUGGCAGAUAUAAGGAAAGCAUUUGAGCUAUUGAAACAACCCAAUUGUGCGAAAGUUGUCAUCAAGAUGUGAUAUUCUAAACAACUGUUUCUAUCUACAAGACAAGCAAUAGCGACAGCAAAGUUUCACAUUUAAUUCCCCAUGACUUUAGGAUAAUGUAACAUUUUAGGGGCUGCUUUUUUAUAAUAAUAAAAUUAAAAUAUGUAUGAGUCAA